GCGACAGAGAUAUACAUAAAGAGAGAUAGAGAUAGAGAUAGAUAGAUAGAUAGAUAGAUAGAUAGAUAGAUAGAUAGAGAGAGAGAGAGAGAGAGAGAGAGAGAGAGAGAGAGAGAGAGAGAGAGAGAGUGAGAGGUGGUUGUGUGAUGUCCCGACCAGGAUCACGAGGGAGGUUCACCAGCCUCCCGGACGGGGAGGUGCCUUUCCAGGAGGCCGAUGAGAGUCGACAGCGCUGGCUGCAAGGGAAGCAUGCGGUAUGGGAAUGGGUGCGCCAAGGGCAGGAGGUGGGAGUGCAAGGAAAGGGGCAAUACAAGUUGCGCUGCACGUUGUGCAACCACAUACGGGUUGGGGCCCAGACGAAGGCAGAGGACCACUUCACCCGCCCGGCUGCGCACUGCAGAUUUCGUACAGGAGAGAUUUUGUACAAGUUAAUGAGAGACGGGGUCUCCAUCACGGACCCUGUGGGGAGGGCUAUGGCAGAGAGGCACAUGGAUGUCCGCGAGGAGGAGUUGGAGAUGGAGGACCUGCGGAGGGCCGAUGACGCGGCCACCCCUGCUGCACGCAUGGCAGAUGACCGGGCUGCUGACCACGGAGACGAGUCGGGAGGCCGAGGGGCGGAUCCCCCCAUGACGGAUGAGGGACGCGUUGGUGGUGUGCGCGCAGAGGACGAGCUCACUGCGCUGAGAGAGAGGAUACGAGUCCUCGAGGUGGGGCGACAGCCGACCCGCUCGGAUGGCACUUUACAACAGUGUUCGGGGCGGGUAGUGGACAUGGCGUGGCUCAGGACGAAGGGCACAUCUGGCCCAUCGGGCGUCGUCGUUCCCCAUGAUCGUCGAAUGCUGCAGACGAGGUUGGAUAGUUGGGCCAGUGGGGGUUUGCGGCAGCAGUACGAGAGGUUGUGGGCGAGAGCGUUAUUCAGGGCUGGGGUACCUUUCUCGUUCAUGCGCCUCGAGACCACGCAGGAGCUGCAUGACUUUAUGGUGUCAUUGAUGCGGGUGACGAUUGGGCCAACUUUGGUCCUACCCUCAUACACAGACGUGCGCACACGGCUCCUAGAUGAGAUCUACCACGAGAUUGCGGAAAGAGUUGCGCCGAAGAAGGCAAAAUGGAAGCUCACAGGGUGUACCAUGAUGACAGACGGGGCUACAACGAGGUCGUACAAGCUCGUCGUCAACUUCAUUGCAGCAGGCAAGGACGGGCCAAUCUUGCUCACCACCGUCGACAUGUCGGAGAGGGACAAGACUGGUGUGGCACUCGCGGAUUUGUGGGAAGACGUCAUCCGAGAUAUUGGCGUUGACGUUGUCAAUGCGUAUUGCACUGACAAUGCUUACGCCAAUAAGGCCAAAAUGGUGGACGGACGACAAGGUGAAGGCGGACGCGGGGAGGAUGCACCCCGCGUAUUGGUGGUAUCUGCAUGGUGUGGCGACUUCCCGCGUUUGCGGGAAGUUGCCAUCAAGGUGCUCGCUAUGUGGUCCACUGCCUCUCCUUGCGAGAGGAAUUGGGCCUCGCACGACUUCAUUCACUCGAAGAGGCGCAAUAAACUCUCAAGUGACAGUCUGCGGAAGAAGCUCGUGUUCAUCCAUUGGAACAUGCAGCUUCUGCGAGCUCAGUCGGGUCCCCGGAGGGGUUUCGUGGAUGUUUGGGAGGAUAUGGUGGAGGAUCCGCCGGAGCCGCAGGUCUGCGCUGCCUCUGAGGAGGUGUAUGACGACAGCAUGACGAUCCCUGAGGAGGUGGAGGCAGAGAUUCGUAGUCGGCGCAAGGAGGGGGGGGAUCGUGCUAGUGCACGACUGUUGCAGGGGCGGGACUACGAGGAUGAGGACGAGGAGGACGUCAUUUACGAGGCGAAUGACGUCUGGGAGGGGAAGGACAUGAUCGAGGAGAUUGCGGCAGCAGAGAAGGGGAAAGACGUAGUGCGAGCGGAGCAUUGUGAUGCCCCUUUCCCGGGUCGUGUAGCACAACAGCCAUGUCCCGCCGUUGAGGAGCAGGGGAGCGCUCCUGUUCCUGAGGAGCAGGGGAGCGCUCCUGUUACCGAGGAGCGUGUGACACAUGCCACUGUUUUAGAGGAGCUGCAUCCCGUUGUCGAGGAUCAGGUGACAGGUCCCACUGCGGAGGAGUUGGAGACCGCUACCGUCAUCUCUGGGCAGCAGACUAGGUUGGACGGCAGGGCGCGAGAGACAGAGGGUGUUCCCACAUCGUUGUCGUCCCCAACGCGACAUAACCUAUCUGCGUGUACGGGCACGGAUGAUACCACCCUUGCACCCUUCCAUUCAGAGGUGCCCCUUACUAUCGGGGAGGCUGUGGCAGGACAUCACACUGGGCACCCGUGUGUGAUGGAGACAGCCACACACACCGGUAUUGUGCAGCAGGAGGGAGCUGUUACGGAUGAGGGGGGCCACGAGACAGACAUAGAGCCCCCUUCCAUGGCCGAGGAGGUUGCUCCCACAUCGGAAGAGGCCCCUCGUACAUUAGAGAGCACGGAGCUGCACACAGCGACGACGACGACGACGCUUGGAGGGAGUCCUGGAGUUGGGAUGACUUCCGCUGCACUUCGGCCUGUGUCAUUCUAUACCGCUCCUCCGCUGCCUGUCUUGCAUGGCCGUACUGUGGUUCGUGGACCCGGCUUGACUCUUCCCCCUUGUACAUCGUCUCCUACUGCCACGACGCCUGUUGGACAGUUGUCGUCAUCCAUGAGCAUAGCAGCACAGCAUUCGCAGGGCAGUCGAGGUGUUCCAUCGGUGUCCCCAGUGGCUCGCAGUCAUUCGGAUCCUGUGUGCAGUGGACCGGUCGUUUCAGUUGCGGUUCCUCCACUCCCUACUCGAGUGUCGUCUGCCAUUGUUGACAACACUUCGACGAGAGGGAGGAAGAGGAAGGCCCCUGACACACGUGGGCGAGAGCAGCCACAGAGACCUGCAGUGCAGGGUAGACCACGCGGGCGCCCCCCAGGGGGUCGAUCGGGGAGGGGUAGAGGGAGACAGGGCGUCGCAGGAGCAACAGAGAGGCUGUUGGGGUCGCUCGGUGCUAUAGGGGGCGGGUCACCAGCGCCCAUAUCCAUGCAUGGAGUGAGGACUCGUUCUCGUGGUGCUGCGGACAAGACGAGGCGCGUCGAGGUUCAAGAGGACGACGACGAUGAUGAGCAGGGCAGUGGUGACGGGUCGGAGAGCGAGUACGAGGCUCCGUCACACUCCUCAGAUGAUGACGACGACGCAGAUACUGGAGGGGACGAUGUUGACGCCCAGUAGGCUGACGAGGUCACGAUGGUCGAGGACUACUGCUGCUGAGAGAGAGAGAGAGAGAGAGAGAGAGAGAGAGAGAGAGAGAGAGAGAGAGAGGCAUGUGUGUGUAUGUGUGUGUGUGCGUGGACACGUUUGUGUGAGAGAGAGAGGUAGGUGUGUAUGUGAGAGAUAGAGAUCACAAAUCAAUCAUCCAUGUGUAAGUGUGGUUGUGGAUGUCUCCACUCGUGAACAACCGUGGACAAUGAUCUACCAAUGAAUCAAGCAAGCAAUU